AAGCUAUAAAAUUGCAGCAAGCUGUGCCUUGGCUCAAAACUGCGAAUUAAGAAAACAGCUAAAGGAAUUUCAUACAAGAAUAGACUUUGCCGGCCACUGUAUAUUAGAAAGGGUCAGUUGACAGAGAAGUCAUAAAUCACAUCGUUCACCUGUGCCACAACAUGAGGCAUACAUCCAGAGUUGUACUCAAGCCUGUCAACGGACAGUUUCCUUCUUUGUCUACAGCACUUUAUAGGAUGCCAGAGCCUCCCUUGCAAGAUUUACUCAGACAAUGCCAAAUCCUUCCACUCAGCCAACAAAGAACUGCAGGAUCUAUGGCAAUCACUCUUCGAUACAGAGAUUGCCCACUACUCUGCCCACCAUGGCAUCAUCCAGGCCAUCAAUGUGGAGGAGGUGGCUUGGUGGGGAGAAUGAUGGGGAGAGUGAAGAGAUGCUUCCACAAGAUCCUAGGGGAAAGUCUAGUAAAUGCAGAACAGAUGUCUAUUAUACUCAUUGGGGUAGAAGCAGCCCUCAACAGCAGGCCUCUGGUACACAACUAUCACAUCGAAGAACCAGAGGCCUUCACACCAUCUCACUUCCUGGUAGGAAAGAGAAUUACUGACCUUCCAGAGCCUAACAACCAUCCCCCACUUCAUGACCUUGUGAGAGUGGCAACACCAACAGUCAAUCACCAAGAGCUUCUGGAAAUGAUGGCAGAAAGAACAUCUGCCUGACUUACAAAGCUUUCAUCAUGUUUGCAGGGUCAGGAAGAAACUGCCACCCCUCGUGAAGGAGCUCUUGUUCUUCUUAAGGAGGACUCACUGCCUAGACUAGG